AUGAAGUCAGAACUUCUGCUGGUGUUGGUUUUGUCUCUUUGUGUGAGCAGUAAGCCUCUGUCCAAAAAGAAAACAUAUAACAAGCUGCUGCUCAUUUCUUUUGAUGGAUUCAGAUGGGAUUAUGACCAAGAUGCAGACACGCCAAACUUGGAUGCGCUUGUUAAAGAGGGAGUAAAAGCAAAAUACAUCAAUCCUCCAGCGAUCACCAUGACAUCUCCAUCACACUUUACAACUAUUACUGGAAGAUGGAUACAGGAUCAUGGUGUUGUCCAUAACCUGAUGUUUAAUUCUUCCACUGGCGUGAUCGUUCCUCAUAAGAGAACACUAACAAAAUCUGAGUGGUGGGAUAAUGGUGUUUUGCCCCUGUGGAUAACAGCCCAGAAUCAGGGUCUGAAAACAGCAUCUUUCUUCUAUCCUGGUGGUGGAGUGAAUUACAGUGGGCAAGCUGUGGAUCGUUCCCUUGUGGAAAGUAAUGGGCACCCGGAUGACAAUGAAACAGAGUGGAGGCAGAACAUCGACACUGUUAUGAGAUGGUACAGCGAAGAGGACUUUCACUUCGUCGCUCUUUACUAUGGUGAACCAGACAACGUGGGCCAUGCCAAAGGCCCAGAAACACCAGAGAGAAGAAAGAUCAUUGAACAGAUCGACCGCGUUAUCGGUUACCUUAGGGAGGCCAUUGAGAAGAAUGGUUUGACUGAUCGUCUCAAUGUCAUUAUCACUUCAGAUCACGGCAUGACCACUGUUAAAAAGUCGCCUGAGGUUAAUGAGAUCCGACUUGCCAACUACAUGAGUUUUUUCAACCUAUCUGAGUUCGAGUUGCUUGACUACGGUGGGUUUGGGAUGAUCACACCUAAAGAGGGGAAAGAGCAGGAGAUUUAUGAUGCCCUGAAGAAUGCACAUCCAAAUCUCAGAGUCUAUAAGAAAGAAGAGAUUCCAGGACAAUUUCACAUUGCCAAAAAUCAGAGAAUUCAGCCUAUUGUUCUAUUUGCAGACCUGGGUUUUAAUCUGAACUCGAGGAUCAUUUUGUAUAUCAACAAAGGAGAUCAUGGAUUCAGUAAUCACGAAAUGGAUAUGAAAAUGAUCUUUCGAGCGUUUGGUCCAGACUUGAGGAAGAAUUUCUUGGCUGAGCCGUUUGACAGUGUCAGCAUCUAUCCAUUGAUGUGCAAGCUGUUGGGUGUCACUCCAGAACCAAACAAUGGAAGUUUCAGCGACACCACAGGCAUGUUAGUGGAUGCCUUUGAUGCUGGUGAAAGAAUCAAAGUGUCUUUUACUCUUUUUACUCUGAUCAUAAUUAUCUUAACCGUCAUCUGA